GCUCGAGUGGUAUUCAUCUCACCGGCGCUCGCUUGUGUUUAUCCAGAACCGAAGUUAAAUUAUAAAACUAUAUUCAUAAAUCGUUUAUUUAAAAUUCUAUUCGUUAAGUAAUUAUAAUUUGAUUCAUCAUUAUAUCUUUCUGUAUUCGUCUGCACAAUCAAUCUUCGAGUUGUGUUGCCAUUGGCGGCUUGAUUUCAGAAAGGUCUGUCCAUUUCAACCAACGGUCGAGAAACAUUGCGAAGUUUUUGCGCCUGGCAGAAAAGUCUACGUUGGGUGAAAGGGGAAAACAUUAAAGAGCAUAGCGAUUACGAUGCCGCUGUAUUGAUGACGAGAACAGACAUUUGUGCUGAUAGUGUUGUACCAUGUUCAACCGUUGGGGUUGGUUUCCUGUACGGUAUGUGUGAUCCCAAUAGACGAUGCAGUGUUUCUGAAGACAAGGGACUCAAUGUAGCCUUUACUGUUGCCCACGAGCUGGGACACAAUCUAGGAAUCUAUCACGAUGGCGAUGGCAACUCUUGUUCUGAUUCGUCGGGAGUCUUCCCGCACGUCAUGUCCCCACGAUGGUUGCUAAGGAACAAACACGGGAGCAUGAAAUGGUCUGAAUGCAGCAAAAAAUCCUUGAAAGCUUUUCUGAAGUCUAAAGAAAGUAAAUGCCUGCGACAUCGAGUUACCAACAAGAAACUCGACCUGCCUGGGGAUCUCCCCGGUGUGCGUUACAGCGCUGAUGAUCAGUGUAGAUUACAGUAUGGCAACAGAGCUAGACACUGCAGUAAAUACAAGAGCAGACUUUGUCAAGUUCUGUGGUGUGAGAUCCAAGGGGAAUCAUUAUGUAGAUCGAAGCUUAAUCCUCCAGCACGUGGUACGGCCUGUGGUCGCGAUAAGUGGUGUAUGUACGGUUCUUGUGUUGCUAACACUCUUAUCCCACUUCGUCGUGAUGGAGGCUGGUCGUCAUGGAGCCGAUGGAGUCCAUGUUCACGGUCUUGUGGGACUGGGGUGAGCUCAAUAUCCAGGAAAUGUAACAAUCCAAGACCUCAAUAUGGUGGUCGAUACUGCACAGGCGAAGAUGAAAUGCACAAGCUCUGCAAUGUUAAGCCUUGCCCUAAAGAAUCGCUUGACUUUCGUGUUGUUCAAUGUUCAAAGUUUAACAAUAAAAGAUACAGAGCGAAAGUCUACAGGUCUUGGUUACCGAUGAUCAGCGAUCGCCAGCCUUGUGUGUUGUUUUGUAGACCAAAAGGCUUAACGCAUCGGUUCUCAGCUAAACUAGCUGAUAGUGUAGUAGAUGGAACACCGUGCAGAGCGGACUCACAAGAUAUCUGUAUCAAUGGAAAAUGCCACUCUGUAGGGUGCGACAACCAGCUCGGAUCUGGAGCUAAGGAAGAUAAAUGUGGUGUUUGUAAUGGAAAUGGUACCACGUGUUAUACAGUGGAAGGACACUUCAAUCAACUUGCUGGGAGAGGCUACGUUGAGGCAGCGCUGAUUCCAAAGGGAGCCAGGAACAUCAAUGUCAAUGAGGUCAAGCCUUGCACUAGCUUUUUAGCUCUUCGGAGUCAAACCGACCGAUAUUACAUCAAUGGAAACAGGAAGAUUCAGUUGCCAGGAAUGUUUGAAGCCGAAGGAACCAUCUUUAAAUACACUCGGCGCGGGACCUGGGAACGACUUGUGGCCAAAGGACCAACGACUACACCAUUUCAUAUUAUGGUUUUAUACAAUGGGUUUAAUCUCGGAGUGAAGUACCAGUAUACCCUGCCAAUCAACAUGUCUAAAACGACAAUAGACAAGAAACAACUUCAGCUACCAGAACCAACGUACGGCUGGGUGCACGGUGGAUGGGGCCCUUGCAGCGCUCAUUGUGAUGGAGGUAUUCGCAAAAGUCUCCAGAUGCGAUGUGUAAGCUUUUACCGAGGAAAAAUCGACUUUGUUGAGAAUUUCUACUGCAAAGAAGCUACCAAACCACGUACAGAGGAAAGAGUUUGCAACGUUCAUAAGUGUCCUAUAUGGUGGCACGCAUCUCCAUGGAGCCCUUGUGUUACAACAUGUGGGGCCGGGAUCCAAAAACGCACGGUAAAAUGUAAGCAAAAGCACCCGAAUGGCACUGUCACCUUGGCCCCUAGCCGAUUAUGUACCAAGGACAAACCCUCAAAGAUUAGAAAUUGUAUCAACAAAGCCUGUCAUAUGAAAUGGAGAGUUGGACGCUGGACAAGGUGUUAUGCAGUGUGUGGAGUUGGUAUAAGAAGAAGAUGGGUGAAAUGCCCUCGAAAGAAUUUGUGUUUAGCAUCAAGCAAGCCUUUAUCUAAGAAGCCAUGCUACACGCGUCCAUGUGUUGAAUGGGCAACGGGAGGAUGGACAAAGUGCUCAACACGUUGUGGCAAAGGAUUUCAAAGACGCUCUGUUCUUUGUCGCCAUAUUGUGACAGGAAUUGCAAGCAAAAACUGCAGCAAACGACAAAGACCGGCAGAUGUCAAAGCUUGCUUGAUCAAACCAUGCAAAGUACCAGUGAGACGUCGGCGUUGUAAGAAGGACAGAUACAACAAUGAUCAAUGUCAGUCUGUCCUUAAGUUCAAAUUAUGCCACAAUAAGGCUUGGUACAGCUUAUGCUGCAAAACUUGUGAAAGGAUAGCACCCCCCAGAUAGAACCAAGCAAUGGAUACAUUCAUCGCAAGCCAGGCCGCACACCCACCCCGUACACACUAUUUUGAUGCUCGAUAUGACGUAAUACUGAAGUAUUCUCUGUUGAUUACAUUUACGGGCAGGAAACCUGGACCUCGGAGUAAACUAAUCCGUGGAUUUCCCGGAACGUGUAACGGGCAUUAUUCAUUUCAAAACCCUUUGCAAAGGCUCUUUUUAUGUUAAAAUACAGUUUUAGAUGUUGGUUAAGCGUCUACUCGUGUACAUGACCUGAAUGAUAAUUAAAACGUUCUUCCAAUA